UGUCCAGCGCCCCAGAGGUGGUUCAGGAACAUGGGAAGGAACUAGCGGGCCUGGGGGUCUCAGUGUUACUGUGACUACGUGUAAGAGCGUGUCUCCUGGGUGCCACCCUGCAGCAAGUGAGUUACGUGUGACAACUACGAAACACCUUUUUCCCCAGGGGACUCGGCUCGUAGCCACCUGAACUCGCCCGUGUCCUUGGAUGCUCUUGGCGCCUGGAAGCAUCAGGUGUUUUCCUUCUCGGUCCCUCGGUCAUUUUGCUCCCCGUGCUCACCCUCUUCCUUGUGAAACGGGCAGUGUGAAAGUCCGACUUGUUGACUGUUCUGAAAAGAAGGGUUUUGUUUUUGUGAAUCUUCUCAAGCCAGCCUAGCUAACCUGUUACCUGGUAGUUCCCGGUGUUGUCAGACAGGUAAACGGCCUAAAGUUAGGGCUGUCUUCCGUCCCCCAGUCCCUGCUGACGCUGGCGUGCGUGGGCGGGGUCACGCUCCACCCCCACACCACGAGCCUGUUUCUUCCGGAGUUCUGGGUGGGGUGCGGCCUCUGAGAGAAGUGACGUCCUCUUGGGGCCUCACUCGCCAGACUUGGCUUGUCUGAAUUACGACAGCUGCUUGUCACUGAACUUCAAACGAGAGGUUUUGCAAGGGAGGUUUUGCAAGUGCCACUUCUAGGGUUUCUCUGAUCUUUAAAGCUUAUUGGAUAUUUGUUAAGUAACUAGUAAGGGUUACUACGUUGCACACUCUAGUUUGAGAAGUAGGUACCUCUUAGAUCGGCUCUGGGAGUCUGGGUUGAGUUACUCAUGGUCUGUGUGCCUCACCCCCUCACCUCUCCAACGGGGCGCUCGGGCCUCCCAGGGUUGCCGUGGGGCUCAGGGCAGAGGCGGAGGAGUAGGCCACAUCACGUGUCGGGAGCACAUGGCGGCAGUGGCGGCGGCGACGGUGUUGUCAGGUCCCUGGGCCUCCACUGCACCUGAGCGCAGUUAGCAGUCGACCCCUCGACUGUGGACGCUGGAGCAGCCUCGAAAACGCUGCUGCUCGCCCAGGGCCCCGUCCUGCGGAGCUGCAGUGGCACCUCCCCGCCAGCCUGCGUGUUUCUGGGGGCAGCUGCCGGCCAGUUUUCAUGUGGCGCUUACUGCCUCCCUCAUGCCGCUCACCCAGCUGCCCCUUGCCGGCCGGAACCCAGCCCGCAGUGGAAACCUCCUCGGUUUCCUUGAGCUGGUUAUUCUGUGAACCUGAGGUCAGAGGCUGGAAGGGGCCCUGCUGGGGAACCCACCGCGCGUUCACCACCAUCGAACGUCCUGGCCUUGUGACUGGCAGUGCCUGGCCCCGCAGCAUCACCCGGACUUUCGAGUAGCCUGCUGCUGGGUCCUUGGUGGCCACUGUGCUACGUGGGCAGCCGGGCCUCCACCCUGCACCCCUCGACUACUCUGUGAUCGAGACACAUGGCGACAGCCCCGGGACAUCAUCUCUUGGCAUCAAAGCAGAGGCCCCGAGAGGGAGCAGCCCACAGGAUGUGGAGGUGAACAGAGUCGGGGCCGCUCAGCUCCCUCCGGAGGAGCAGAGAGAGAGCCAGGGCCUCUGCUGGGCAGCGGCUGUGAGCAGGGCGGGCGCUUCUCGCAGUCUCGGCCCAGGAGGCCUCGGCUCCGUCAGGUCUGAAGUCACAGCACAGCGGACAUGACCCAGUUCUCAAAGAUCCAGGCGUGGGUUCCACCCCUGGCAGCCGCAGCAGCGUGGUGCUCUGAGCAGGCAGCGACCGGGCGUCUUCCUCGGCCCCAGUGGCUGCUGGACGCUGGCCACGUGCAUCUGGUUCCAGUGAGUCAGGGUUGGGCGGGGGCCUGGGGGGGCCACAUGGGUGUGAGAAGAGCACGUUCUGCUGGACACAUGGGGAGACCAGAAGUUCCUGCUGGAUCGUCUCUGGGGCAACUGGCCUUCGAAGUGUCCAGGCAGAUGGGACAGGUUGAGUGCCCUGGGAGGUGUCUGGGUCUUUCUGGGUGUGAGCACCUGGCACAGAGGAGCCACUCCAGGCUUUUCGUCAGGGGGCCUGGCUGCCUGCCUGUUCACACAGCCGAGUGGGCACCACUGGCAGUGAGGGGCACAUCCCUUUUCCCUCAGUGCACUGGUGCCAGCUCAGUUUCCCUGCUGUGUGGUCAGGACUGUGGGCCCCGCCCUUUGGGGCUCUGGUUUGAUCACAGCUGUGCGCAUGCAGCUUCCACCUUCGGCCGCUUGUCUGACUUUCUCCUCUCAGACACCGUGAGGUUACCAGCUUUCCGCCACCUCCAGCAGACACCCUUCUCCCCGCCCGGCCAACCAGGCGAUCAGAAGGUCUCGCGCGACCCUGUGCUUCCCACACACCUGGGUCACCUGAGGAUGGCGGGAGUCCAGGGUGCUCUUUCCAUCAGGCAUUCGGCAGACAACGAAGACCAGGACCCAGCCAGCCUCUCCGAGGCUGAGGGGGUCACUGGAGACAGCACGUUAGCCGUUGGUGCCUCAGGGGCACAGGGACUGGGAGGUGGGCUGGCCCGAUGCACCGUGGGCACUAGGGCGGCAUGCACCAAGGCCAUGAGCCGCCUUCCGUGACGAGUCCUGCAGUCGGUGCCAUUUCAGAGAUGGGCAGACGCCACGGUCCCCCCGCUGUGCCCCUGCUGCUCGGUUCCCUUUCGUCCCACACUCCGCCUCUCAGAGCAGGCCGCUCCCUCUCCCCCCCAGUCUGCCCCACGUUCCUGAGGCUCCUCUCUGAAUAGGGCGUCCCCAGUCCCCUACAGCCUGCCUCGGCGGAGCUGGGGUCUUCCCACCGGUUCGGACCUGUGCGAAGUGACCUCAGGUCUUCCCACGCCACCUCCCCUCCACGGUCCUGGUGUCCAAGGUGCAGAGGACUGUUACAGCCACUUAACUGACAGUCAAGACGAGGGGUGCUGUUUGAGACCCCGUGUCCCGAGUGAGUGGCAGAAGUGAUACCUGUUUUAAGGUCUUUGGUGGUGGCGGCAGCGUCUCUCAUGGGGUCUGGUGUGCACCCUCAGCUGUGCUAAGUUCACGUGCAUGAUCUCAUUGAGACCUCGUGAGGUCCCCAUGACCAGGGAGGGUCCCCAGUGACUGCCGAUGAGACGAUCUCAGAGACCCAGGGCCCACUCGCCUAGCACUUGUCUGCUUCCUUCCCUAUCCCUUUCCGAAGCUUCUGGUUUCUAGAAUUAGUAUUAAGCAAAGUAACAAGUAAGUGAACCCUGUUAAGGGUGUUUUUGUACAUGCACAGGUAAUUCUCGAUGUCGCUGGAGACAUCGACUUAAAGUAGGGGACAGUGUGUGUGGAAGAGUUGGAUUGGAGACCACGGAGCAGCUGGUCCUGGAGUGGGCCAGGGCGUCACGUCCAGGGGCAUUGUCUCAGGGCCUGUUUGAGAGGAGACGGUUGCAGGCAGUGCCCGGAUGGGACCACUUCUCCACUUUCUCCCACAUCUGGAGGCAGAGGGUGCAGUGGAGGAAGGCUGGCCUGGGGCCAGUGCUUUCAGCGCCGUCCAGCCCUGGCUGCGUGGUGGGCCUCUGGGUGGGGAGGGGGCAGGGGACAACGAACGCGGAGCACUGGGCACCGCAGUGGGUCAGUAAACGCCAUUGCCUCCGCCCGGUCCCACUUCCCCUUCAGGGUCUGUGGUGAGCGAAGGCUUCAUGGGAUCCCCGGAGUGUUCCCCUGCCUGACCCUUGUCCCACCAGCCAUACUGGCUCUUGGUGGGUCAUCUGUGGUUCUCUGCUUCAGGCCUCCC